AUGAAAGACCAGGCAAAAUUUAUGAUUUCCCAGAUGUGGCCAGAAUUUGCAGAAGAGAUCCAGUACAGGAGAAAUAUUGCAGUCCUGCAAAAAGCCAAGCAAAACAGUGGAGAGAAAUCAUGGAACCUUCAUAUUAAACACUUUACCAAAAUUAGGGAGAAUACCAUGAUUGUGAUUGGCAUUGGCAGUGAGAGGGCCUACAAGGAAAGUGAGGGUAUGGAGUGUGAUAUUGUGGGUGGAGCUGAAGGAAACCUGCCAAACAAUACCAGAUAUAUUAGAGGGUACUACAUAAUUCUCAUAGUAACAAAGUCAAAAGAAAAAAAAAAGGUUUUUGAGAGGUCCACCACAAUCAUGGUGAAUAGAACUGAAAAAUUUGAAGCCGAGCGGUGGGCUCACCUUCCAGAAAUAAAAAAAAACUUUUAUGUUGAAGACCCAGAUGUAAAAGCAAUGAAUAGUAAGCAAGUGCAGAAAUUUAGGGAAGAAAACUUUAAUAUUAGUGUAAGUCUUUGCAACCCCGAGAGUGAAAUUGAUAUCCCAAAUCCAGUGCACACCUUCAAUCAAGCCUUUCACAAUUAUCCUGAAAUUUUGAAAGAAAUUGAGAAACAAGGAUUUGAGCAUCCUACACCUAUACAAUGCCAGUCAUGGCCCAUCCUCUUGAAAGGACAUGAUAUGAUUGGUAUUGCACAGACAGGGACUGGAAAGACCUUGGCUUUUAUCUUGCCAGCCUUGAUACACAUAGUUCACCAACCUGUCCCAAGGUGGGAGCGUCCGGGACCCACGUGCCUUGUUUUGGCUCCCACAAGAGAAUUGGCUCAGCAAAUUGAGAAAGAAGUUACAAAAUAUCAAUACCAGAAUAUCAGAUGUGUGGUUGUAUAUGGCCAAGGAGACAAGAGGCAACAAAUCCGUCAAAUCAAUGCUAAAGCAGAGAUUGUUGUUGCUACCCCGGGGAGACUUAAUGAAUUCAGUGAGAAAGAAAUUAUCAACCUGAGUGGUGUCUCAUACCUAGUCUUAGAUGAGGCUGAUCGCAUGCUAGACAUGGGGUUUGAGCCGCAGAUUAGGAAGAUCAUAUUAGACAUUCGACCAGAUCGCCAGAGUGUUUUAACAAGUGCAACUUGGCCUGAAGGUGUUCGCAGCUUAGCUGCUAAACUCUUGAAAAAUCCUAUACAUGUUGUUGUGGGAAGCCUUGACUUGCAGGCUGCAAGUACAGUAUCACAGCAAGUAAUAAUCUGUAAAGAAGAAGAAAAGAGAGAUAAGUUGCUGGACUUCAUUAACAGAUUAGGUGAAGAAGAUAAAGCCAUAGUGUUUGUGGGCAGGAAGAGCAUGGUGGAUUAUCUGUCAGUGGAGAUGAUGGAAGAAGGAAAAUGUGUACAAAGCAUGCAUGGGGAUAGAGAACAAGAAGAGAGAGAGAAGGCUCUAAGUGAUUUGAAGAGUGGCAGAGUAAGAGUCCUCCUUGCAACAGAUGUUGCAGCUCGUGGAAUUGAUGUUAUUGAUAUUACUUACAUCCUGAAUUUUGACUGCCCACGUGACAUGGAGGAGUAUGUGCAUCGCAUUGGACGAACAGGAAGGGCUGGCCGUCAAGGACAUGCCUGUACUUUCAUUACCUGGAAAGACUGGAAAAAUGCUGGCAAGCUCAUUGAAAUUUUGGAGAAGUCGGGUGAGGAGGUUAAUCGUGAACUUUACCGCAUGAAAGAACGUUGGGAGAAGACCAAGGAGGAGCGUGGACUACAGGAUCGAUGGGGACGAUACAGUCACACAGCCCAGAGAGAAGGGGGUCAUAGAUGGUAG